AUCCCUGUUUAGUAUUAUGUCUAUAGGUCACAGUACGACAAUACGCCAGACGGUGGCCUGUACUUAAUAGAGAAGAAGAAAAAGAAGUCGAGGAAAUACGAUUAGGCAUCAAACGGGAUACUUGUGGCGUCGCUAGCUCUCCGGAUUGCAGGGAUACAAUUUCGAAGAAGGAUUUGAAUUCAUGAUCAAGGACCACGAUGGCCGAGCGAGCUCAUCCGGACCUGUUUCGUCCUGUUCCACUGGACAAACAAACCAAGAUUCUCCAGGGAAAAGGGGGCAUUCGUGUAUCCCCCAAGAUCAGCUGCACGUCAGAGAAGGACUUCAACUGUGACGAACUUACACUAGAUGGUCAUGCGAAAACGGUAUACGAAGGAUUCUUACGGGGAGAAAGAGUUUCAAAUGAUGGUCCUUGUUUAGGAUGGAGGGCCAGCGGAUCUCAACCAUACCAGUGGAUGUCAUACAGUGAGGUUCGAAGGAAGGCGCAAUAUUUUGGGUCUGCGCUAGUUGAGAAGGGGUUAGAUCCAUCCAACGAAACUAAAGUCGCCAUUUACAGCCAAAAUAGACCUGAGUGGGUGAUCGCCGAUUUGGGAUGCAUUACAUACUCAAUGGUGACUGUUCCAUUGUACAGUACAUUAGGACCAGAGGGUUAUGAACAUAUUAUCAAUCUGACUGAAGUGAGGCUCAUCGUAGUCGAUACUCAUGAAAAGGUUACUAGUCUACUAGAUCAGUGCUCAAAACUACCAACCCUCAAGCACAUGGUUGUCAUGGAAACACCAAUCACAGACGAGAUCACAGAAAAGGCGGUAAAAAUGGGCGUUGACCUAAUCGCUUAUGAUGAUUUCCUUGCAUCAGGCGAGAGGAACUUGAAAGAUCCCGUUCCCUGCAAUCCAGAUGAUGUGGCGGUAAUUCGAUUUACAAGCGGUACAACAGGUAUACCUAAAGGAGCCAUGAUGACACAUGCUAAUAUUAUGGCCAGCGCAACUAACAUGUAUAUAUCAUCAAGGGACUGCUUCUCUUUCGACCCUGGAUAUCGCUAUAUAUCUUAUCUUCCUCUUGCUCAUGGUCUCGAACAUUCUGCACAGGCUUUGUUAUUUCACUCCGGGUGUUCAGUUGGAUUCUUCCGCGGUGAUCUGAAAGAGUUGGUCAAUGACAUCCAAGAACUCAAACCGGAACUAUUUGCUGUCGUUCCGCGGCUCGCGAACAAGCUUUACGACAAAAUUAUGGCGAAAAUAAACGCAUCAUACGUCAAGAGGGCGCUGUUCAGAUGGGCUUUCAAUGCUAAGAAGAGAGAGGUAGACAGGGGAAUAUUCAGUAAGAAUACCUGGUAUGACAAGAUCGUGUUUGGGAAGAUACAGGCUCUACUAGGUGGCCAACUCCAAUGGAUCGUCACUGGAAGUGCCCCUAUUUCUGACGAGGUUCUGACUUUCUUUAGGGUUGUCUUUGGCUGCCCGGUUUCAGAAGCAUACGGCCAAACGGAAGCAACUUGUGGAGCGACCUUCACCCUCCCCAAUGAGACCUCGAGUGGCCAUGUCGGGUCUCCCUUACCCAACGUCAUGAUCAAGCUGGUCGAUGUCGAAGAAAUGGGGUAUCUUGCAUCCCAAGAUAAAGGGGAGAUUUGCAUGAAAGGUUCAUGUGUGUUCAAGGGAUACUUCAAGAAUCAAGAGAAGACGGAUGAAGCCAUUGAUUCUGAGGGAUGGUUACAUUCUGGUGAUAUAGGGGAAUGGCUACCAAAUGGUGCACUGAAGAUCACCGACCGCAAGAAGAACAUAUAUAAGUUAUCUCAGGGUGAAUACGUUGCUCCUGAGAAAAUCGAAAAUGUCCUCAUGAGAAGUCCAUUGGUCGGACAGGCUUUCGUUUACGGGGAAAGUCUCCAGUCCUACAACAUUGCCGUCAUUGCUCCGGAAGAGGAAGAGCUCAAGAAAUUCGCAGAGAAUAACGCCAUCAAAGGCAAGGUCGAAGAACUCUGCGAGAAUGAGACCGUUCGGAGGGCUAUCCAGGCGGAGAUUGAUAAACAAUGCACUGCCGCAAAGCUAUGUGGCUUCGAGAAGGUGAGAAAAUUCAUCCUGCACCCAGAGCCAUUCUCCGUCGAGAACGGACUUCUAACGCCGACAUUCAAAAAUAAACGAAACGUCAUCAAGGCCAUGUUUAAAGAGAAGAUAGAUCAACUUUACUCAGAAAACUAGAAAAUACAAUGUCAUGUGUUUAAAGAGAAGAUAGGCCAACUUUACUCAGAAUACUAUAUAGAAUUAGAAAACACAUUAUCAAGUACUCAAUUCGAUUUUAGACUGUCAAACUGCUAGUUCGUUGCUGUUUUAAAACCUUGGGCAAGGUAUUGUCCACACAAUAGUAUUUGUUAACAAGUGGAGCGCCUCUGGCAGUAACACCUUGAACAUGUGACCUGAAACUCGCACAGGGUGUUCAGAGAUACUU